AUGGGGACUCGGUCCAGCGUGUCCAGCAAAAUACUUUUCCUGUCUCCCUUCAUGGACAAAACCGGGCUGGUCCGGCAUAUCGGAUUAGUAAGUGACCUCACAUCGGAAAGCUUUAUUAGCGCACACCGGGAAUUUAUGUCCCAAAGAGGCAAACCCGCUUGCAUGUAUUCCGACAAUGGGACCACGUUCGUCAGAGCGCAUAAGCAGUUCAAAAAAUUUUACGACUUGAUCAACGACAGUCAGGUGCGAAAUGAUAUAAAACAGUUUGAUCGCGAGCAGGAAACUUCUUGGUCUUUUAUCCCGCCUAACGCGCCGCACUUCAGCGGUCUAUGGAAAGCCGCGGUAAAAUCGGCCAAGUAUCAUAUGGCUCAAAUUAUAGGCAACGCGUAUUUAACCUUCGAAAAGAUGCAGACGGCUCUUUGCGAGGUGGAAGCGAUCCUGAACUCUCGACCACUCACGCAACUAAGCGAUGAUCCAAACAAUUUCGCGUAUCUUAGUCCCGGUCAUUUUCUUGUCG